AUGGAUCACUGGCGUACACACACAGUCGCUAGCUCUACGCAAGACACCGGAAAGGAUGUGCUCUUGCGAGAGGCUUAUGUGACUGAUGCUGUGUCCAACACAGUCGAGGGUGCGAUGACGGUAUGUCAAUCGACACCAGGAACUACCCAGCUCGAAAGGAGUGGUGUAGUUGGGAGUGCACUGGCGGAAAGCCAGGUGACACAUAUUCCUACCCAGGUCGAAAAGACUGGUGUAGUGAAUGGGGCGAUGACAGGUAGUCAUGCGUCCAAUAGUCCUGCACAGAGCCGAGAGCCUGUGGCAGUUGAUGGUGGGCUGACAGGAAGUCAAGCGCCACAAGAACCGGCACAGAGCCAAGAGCCUGGUGCGGUUGGAAGGAGUGCGUUAGCUGAGAUAGCAACGACACCUUCUUCCAGGUCAAAGGUCGUGGUGACUCGAAGAACGAGCACCAGACGUAUUAAGACGAUCAAGGGCACGUCGAAACGAGUGACCUUUGGAUCAGUCUCGGUCCAAGAGGACGGACCUACGAACGAGUUGUUCGAGGCCGUCGAAGACAAAAUGCCGGAGGCAUCCUCAGUUGAGGUGCUCCAACUUGUCUUGGCAUCUGCCGAGGAGAUAGUAAAUCUCUCGGAGAUGACGUGGGAUCUGUUCCUGUCCGAACUAAAGGAAGGAAAGAUCCACGAGAUAGUCGCACCAGUUCCAGAAGAGAACGUGGUGGACUGUUGCUCUUCAUCCACAAUGGACGAGAGCGUCUUGGAGACCGACAAAAAGAAACGGUUCGCUCCUCAAGGCUGGGAAGCCUUGAAGGACAGCCCGUUCUAUGAUGUUCUGUGGAAACACCGUGAUGUGUUUCCAGCAGAAGUGCCGAGCCGCCUACCGGCCGAUAGGGGCAUCAGGCACGAGAUUGACCUGGAGCCUGGCACCAAGUAUUGUGUGACCAGGCAAUGGCCGUUGCCGAAGGAACAAGUCGAUUACAUCGAUGAGUUCUUCGACAAGCGAGCUAAGGCGGGACAUGUACGUGAGAGCAAGUCGCCUCACUGCAGCCCGACCUUCUGUGUGCGUAAAGCCACGGGUAGAUGGCGCGUGGUUCACGCUUAUAAUAAGCUGAACACGGCCACCAUUCCAGCUCAAACGCCGAUCCCGCGGAAAGAUGUCUUGUUGAACUCCAUGGGAAAGUCAACUAUCUUUUCCGCGUUGGAUCUGAAGGAUGGCUACUAUUAG